CAUCCGGCCGCGGGUACGUUCUGACGCCACGUCCCGUCGUGAACAUCCGGCGGUGGUGGCGUCACUUCCGCCGUGCGGGUGACGUCGUCAGAGCGCGGCGAGGCAUUACCGAGGUGCCAUCAUGGCGAUGCAAGCAGCGAAACGCGCGAAUGUGCGCCUGCCCCCAGAGGUGAAUCGCAUUCUCUACGUGCGGAACCUGCCCUACAAGAUCACUGCCGAGGAGAUGUACGACAUCUUCGGCAAGUACGGCGCCAUCCGACAGAUCCGAGUAGGCACGACGCCCGAGUCGCGUGGCACGGCGUACGUGGUGUACGAGGACAUCUUCGACGCCAAAAACGCGUGUGACCACCUCUCUGGGUUCAACGUGUGCAACCGCUACCUCGUGGUGCUGUACUACAACCCCAACCGGGCCUUCCAGAAGCUGGACACGAAGAAGAAGGAGGAGCAGCUCAAGAAUUUGAAAGACAAGUACGGCAUCAGCACUGACAAGAAGUGAGGCGCCAGCCUGCAGGAAGAAGGGAUGGGGGGGGCGUUCUCCGUGACCAUUCCACCAACAUACGAGAUUGUGUGUGAAGUUUCACGAGUGACGGCCGCUUUUGUGUAUAGAGCCUCAGUAAUUGCUUUAAAUGUUACUGUAAAAUGUGUCUUGUUUUUUUAAUUUGUUUUGCUAAAGAUCUGAUUUUCACGUAGUCUUUUUAUAAGGAGAAGCUGACGGUCCCCGAUGCUCGGCAGGACGCAAGUGAAAAGUGUUUUUUUAAGCAGUUCUGUACGAAUGAUAACUAUAGAGUUGACCUAGAUGUCGUCUGACAGAUAAAACAUUGACAGCUCUUGCGUGUGCUCUCGUUCAACUCUUGUCAGCUCUAAUUUGUUCCUCCGAAGCAGCAGUGUCCACCAGGAGAUGUCAACUCUUGUCGGUGUCCACCUCGGAUGUAGGGGUUUCUGGGUGUGGGCAGGACGUUGACUGGUUGCUCGCGUAAGCGUGUGUAAACGUGUCGAGCGACGGUCCUUUUUGAAUGAAAACUCCCCGAGUUAACGCGUGGUGUUUCUGAAGACUCAACGUGGCUGGCGAAGGCGCACAACUUAACGAGGUCAACCCGCUCGGUGCCGUCGAUGGCUCCAUCCAGGUGGCACGGCAGUCGCGCAGUUGAGAGCUGGGCCUGGGGUACGGACUUCUGGCGCAACUCUUAGGGUGCAAAGUCUAGUCGUAAGUUUAAGACAAUGAAGCGCCAUAUAGUUAGGAGAGAACUGGGGGCUGGUUAGAACCACUCCUAAUUUACAUAAAUUAAUUUUAUAAAUCACUAAAACAUAACUCCCCGCAAAUAUUGUAUUAAUAAAGAAUAUAGUCAACGUUAAUAACAGUAUCCGCUCGGCCACGGACCACCUGAAGCACAGCACGGUGGCCAUUUUGCUUUGGGUUGUCUCCCUGGCAGCUGAUUGGCUCGUGCAGUGGGAGUGGUGACAUUCCCAGCAAUGGGUCUUCCCCGAGUUCAUGUUACCAUCUCACUGACUCAAGGUUUGGAACCCCUAAUUGUAGGGUGCUGUUAGCAUGUCCACAGAGUUGCGAUGUCACUAGAGAGCAUUUAAACGUUGAUCCGUUUUACGCAUUUCUGGUUCUUUCUAUGGUCGCUGCCUGCUGGUCUUGCGAGUGAUUUUAAGGGUGUUUUCUGUCCUAAAAACUAAACUUAUAUGUUACCAGGUAAAAUCUGCUGAGCUUUAUAACUGUUUCAGAAGCGACCUGGUCACGAAUGAAAGCUCAACUAAGUGGCUUAUCGUGUGGAGGGGAAAACCGGAGGACCCAGAGAACAAUCCAUGGGGAGAACACGCAAACUAUAAAGAUACAGGCGUCAUGGUCGGGUUAAACUUACGACCUUCUGUAUACCAGUUAAGGUAGUUAACAUCUUGCCACAGUACUCGUGCCCCUGACCUGGACACUCUGCACUCACUCCGUGCUCACCGGUGAAGUCUUUUAAAGUGCGAUUGUGGACAGUGCGAGUGGCUCCCCCCUUUUGAACAGUGCUUAACCUGGCCAAGACGACAUCGAGAGGUGAAGGCGCAGCCUUGUAACUGCUCGUUCAUGUCACUGCUGGUGGAAGUGUUUCCACUAGAGGGUGCUCCAUAGAGCCCCCUGUACCGGGUAUUUGGCCUACUCUUCCACAUUGGUGAGACGUCUCAGGAGAGCGCGGUGAUGUAAUCUAGCAGUAUUUUUGUGGUUUGAGCAACGGGGAUUUUGAUUUUGGUCAUCGUUAAGAUCUGUACCUGUACCGCUCCUUCAAUCAAGACUGGAAGGCAAUAUCAAUUGUAUAAAUAAAUUGUUUAUUAAACAUGAUUUUGUGGACAAAG